UGUGGCUGCCAAACAUGGCGGACCAAAACAAGACAGACACCGAAGCGAAGUUCUUCAGUGAAAUAUUAAGUCCAUCUGAGCUGUUUGCAGCCCGGUCCAGGAGCCACAAGAUCCCCGUCAGAGGACAGAAGGAUUUCUUUCCCAAUGACUCAGACGAGCAAAGACAGCGGCUUGAGCAGACUCUGAAUGAGCACUGGAGCCUCAUCUCAGAGGAGAGAGCGGAGAAGCUAGGAAACCUGGUGAAGGCCACAUGGAUUCCAAGUGAGCAGAGAGUGGAGCUUCAGUCUCCAGCUGGAAAGUUUUGGCAGACGAUGGGCUUCUCUGCCAACGGCAAGCAGCACCUCCUCCCUGAAGAGGCUCUUUACCUGAUGGAGUGUGGGAACCUGCAGGUGUUUUACCGCGACCUGCCGCUGUCCAUCCAGGACGGAUAUGAGAAGUUUCUGUCCUCGAGCACAGUAAGCCUCCAGCAGUAUCAGGUGUUUGGGCAUUUGAAGAGGCUUGGCUAUGUGGUGCACAGAUUCGAUCCCAGCUCAGAGCCUUCGUCCUAUGAGAGGCAGCUGAACCUGCCUCAGUCGCAUGACAGAGCGGGGAGACCAGUGAAGAGGAAGCGCAGCGUCAGCCCCACAGCAGCAUCCAGUUGUUCUGGAGUAAAAGAAGCAUCCACAGCGGACAGAAUGGAGGAGGAUAAAAGCGGCCGUGAAGGUGAGGGUGAUAAAAAACCUCCUGAGUCACACCUGACGUCGUCUCAGGGGACCUCAGGGACCCGGACCACCGCUGCGGCUUCAGCAGAUGAAGGCGGGGGCAGGACGUGGUGGAUGACCGAUGUUCUCCAGGACCGAGCAGAUCACCAGCCUGCCUCUGGUUGCUCACGCUGGCACUUCAGCUCCAUCCCCUUCCCCGACCUGGGCUCCGGGGAGAGCCCCCCCAGCUGCCUGCACCCUCCAGACCCCUCCCUGCUCCCCGGGUCUCUGGCUGUGGGAGUCUGUGACGUUGCCCCCUGGAGGCAGAGGAUAAACCUGCGGAAGGUGAAGAUGUCCCCAAAGGAGCAGAUGAGGGAAGAGGAGCAGCGCAGGCGGCGGUGGGACAUCAACAGAGACAGAGAGGUUCGGCGGUGCAGAAACUGGGCGGAGUAUCGGGAGCUCCUGGCGAGGCGGCAGGGGAGGAGCAAAGGCCGACCAGCACACUUGUGGAACGGGGAAGUCACACCUUUGCACGACCCAAGACAACCAAUCCCCACCGGGGAGCUGCUGGAUAAAAUCAGUGUGAUUAAAUCUACAAAUUUGCUGGAGGGAGCGUCCAGGAUAAAAGCUUCAGACGAGUGGAGGAUUUGUUUCAAUGUUUACCAGCCGGACACGGUGGCCGACUUCAAGAAGCGUGACCCGGGGAAACCUUACUCCCGCAUGUGUGUGUGCAGCUUCGACGGCCCUGUGCCCGACCUGCGAGCCCUCAAGCUGCUGGCCUUCCAGAGCGGAGACGUCCCGGUGGUCUUUGCUGUGGUGGACCACGGGGACAUCUCCUUCUACACCUUCAAAGACUUCCACCUGCCCAGGGAUGUGUACCCCUAAGGACCCCCGCUGCUCUGUAACAUCACUGUACCAACACGUAUCCUGGACUUUGAAAUGGCUCUGCAUCUGUCGGGUCGGCUGGACUUCCAGGGAUAAACAAAUAAAACCAGUCCUUGAUGUUACAGAUGAGAAGAAAAUGAGUCUGGCCUGUUAUUUACAAUGGGGGGGUGGUUUUAGUGCCACAGCUGGAAACCUUUAAAUUCUACACACAGCAGCUUUAAUGCACCAGUGACAAACAGUGUGUUUGUGUUUGCUUUUAGAGGUGAAGAUGUUUAUCCCUGUUCAUGUUAGGGACCAAUAAGAGCGACUUAUAACUAUGACACUGUUACUUUAUUCUGAGUGGGAAAUAUGUCUACAAACAUAUGUGCUCACGUAAAGCCGAAAAGAUGCUAACAGAAGCAUCAGCUGCUCCAUCUUAACACUGUUUUAAGAUGAUUUCAGUCUUUCACUGAUGUUUAAAGAUUCACUCAAAGACUCAACACUCACCACAUCAGCUGAGUUUCAAAGCAUCAGCAGCGAGGAGGAAAAUGUUUUGGGAUUUG